AUGACCAACAUUGACUACAUAAUAUCAAGUGAGUUCCACGUGGACAAAGGACCGUCAAUUAUACAUCAAUAUCCUUCCGAACUUCCAGGUUUACAUAACCUCCCGUUCUUCGCCGAGCUUCUAAUCCCGGACCAAAUACACAAGAGAGAAGAAGACUAUACAUUGAUAUUGUUGCAUCGAAAUAAAAAAACAGGAGACUUUGAGUACAAGUUUAACUCCAAAGACAGUGAACUAGAGCCCUACUUUGUUUACACGAUUGUGAACAACGUUUCAGAUUCCACGGUGAAAAGAGGCUCUGUGAUCAAAGCUUUGAGUUUAAUCACCAAAUUGGUGUAUUUUAAACAUUUUAAACCGCUUAUAAUUAUUGGCCUAGAUAGAUGCUAUGCCAACAGCAGUGAAAACGAAUUGAAACAACUCUACAAUGCAAUUAAUUGCAAGAACUUUCAGGUGAGCCAUACGAAUCACCUGGUAGUAAAAAAACUUCUCAUAACAUCGAUUCUUGAUUUGCCUUUGAACGAAAAGAUAUAUUUUGACGAAGCUUUCCGCAACCGAUUGUUGGGAAUCAAACAAAUUCGAGAAGACUUUUUCAUACGAAGAGACUUGAGCUUCAACUCGAUCGUGUCUUACAACAAUAUGAAAAUCCCCGUGAAACUUCCCAUCCUUUUGUUGCCAGAUACAAUCGGAGACUACUUGAAUCCAACAGAUCUUAAUUUCAAACCUAAUCUUUUGAGAAUUCUAGAUGCCACAAUGGCCUCAAAUGUGCACAAUAACGAGCUCACCAUAUAUGGCCAUGCGACCCCGCCAAUUAUCGUAUUGAUUAAUGCAAUGUUGACGGGUAAGAAGAUUAUAUUUAUGAGCUACGAAAACUCUGCAGGGUAUAUCAUUGAUCAUGUAUUGCUAGCGUUGAAAUUGAUUACGGGAGGAGGUAUCUUGACAGGACUACUAACCCAUUACAACGUGUUCCCCAUUAUCGAUGUAUCUAAAAUCAGUCUCUUGAGUGAAUGCGACUCAUACAUAGCCGGCACAAUCAACCCAUUCUUCAAGUCGAACGACAAGCUAUGGGAUUUGUUUAUCGAUUUGGACAAAAAUGAAUUCCAUAUUUCUCCGGAGAUUCUGGAGUCGGAAUUUACGCGUCACUCGAUAGUCGGAGAAGAUGCGAAGUUCCUCUCCAACAUGCAACUCUCGCUAUACAGCUACAAUGAUGAUCUCACUACUUUGCAGCUCAUCAUAAGGAGACAUAUAAAUGAGAUUGUACGUAUAUUACUUUUUUCGAAAAACUACAAUCCAGCCUUGUCUGACAAAAGUCUGGCGACCUUGUUGAUGGAUGGGGUAGGAUAUUACUGGCACAGUGACACCACAAAACUACUUGAAGUUUCAUGCUAUCAGUCGAUUGCAUCCAAAUUCCAGAAUCUUCUCUACAGUGGAAUAUUUGGCUAUAGUCUCAAUCUACCGAAUUUGUCAAAUGAGCUUGAUCUCAUGGUGGAUUUGCAGCACUACUUACAGAAACUAAACAAUGUUACGACUACCUCUGUUGGCGGCGCCAGAGUGAACGAGAGGGAAAUUUGGUUUAACAUACUCAAGUACUUGAUAAGUGGAAGAUCGUUGGAGACAUUUAUGUUAAUGACUUAUUUGAUGCCGCCAAACACUUCAACAAGCUUCCGAAGCUCCUCCCACCACGGAGGCGGUCUAACUGUUUUUGACAAAAAUAAAGGAAUGGAGUUGUUAUUCAUUAAUUUAUUCAACGCAGACAAUCACAUCAAGUCUAAUAUCAUCAUGAUAAUGCAAGAGCUCCAAGAUAAUUUUCUUUGUGGCUGGUGCUUGAACCAAUUUUUGAAGUCCAACCUUGUUUACCAGCUUGCAUUUGAAGACCUCACGUCAAGUCAGGAUCAAAACGCCACAAACUAA